CGUAUGGUCGCGGCAUCACACACGUAGAAUGAAAACAAUGUGUCAAAUAAUUGUCAAAUAUACAUAUAUAUAGAUCAGCCGUUCUUACCGGAACCGCGAUAACAUAAUAUAAGAAAACAUAAGAUGGCCGAGAAUGAAUUUGUACCGAACAGUGACGAAUGUCUUGUUGCGGAAGCUAUUAAUUUAGAUAUCGAGGAGUUAGAUAACACGGAAUAUGCCAUACCAAUCGUGGAAGAAUUACCCACCUUAGAAAGUAUUUUGAUGGAGCCUGAUUAUGAGUCAUUGUCGGAAACGGAGGACGACAUUGGUUUAUCAUUAGGAGAAAAACUUGGCAGCAGCGAGACUACUAGCAUUGGCAGUCAUUUGUCACUGAAUUCAUUAAAUAAAUCCUCUAAGACUGCUCAUAAACCAUAUUCGGGUGUUAUCUUAAGGCAUGUCAUACUCAAAGGAAUAACAUCACAAAUUGUAUCAGCUAAUGAGAGAGUCAACGCUGGUUUGGCUAGUGCAGUCGCAGCUGGGGGGAAUAUGCUAGUAAUCGGUACCAGUCAUGGUUUAAUACUGGGCUUUGAUUCUUCGCAAACAUUGCGAUGGUGUGAUCAGGAAACGAGACAUCAAGGUUCUGUUUCUGCUCUUUGUUUCAACCACGAUGGCAGCAGAGUGUUAGCUGGUUUCGUAAGAGGACAUAUUUUGAUGUUAGAUAGCAGUAAUGGGAAAGUUUUAAGGAUUCUCACUGAUGUACAUCCGCUAGAUACAGCUGUGUUGCAUGUUAAGUUUACAGAUUCGCCAAAAAUAGCUUUGUGCAGCGACAGUGGAGGCUCCGUAUUCGAGCUGAAUUUCACUAGAGUGAUAGGUAUACGAGGAUGCGACAGUAGAUGUUUGUUUAGUGGUUCCAAGGGAGAAGUGUGCACUCUAGAACCCCUGCUGUUGAAUCAUUUGCCAUCGCAUCCACUAAAAAAUUAUACAUUAGUAGCAAUGGCAACAUUAUCGAAGGUAAUUAUAGUCUGCAUAAGACCGCGAAUGCGCGUUGUAUUGAGUCACCCGUUGACCGGUGCCGCGAUAGCACCACCACAACUAUCUUGGCAACUAGUUGUUAUACAAACGGCUGAUGGUUCCCGUGUGAUCGAUCCAGUAUUGGCGCUCGCGAGGGACAACGUGGUAUACACCGAAAUUGGUACGCGGGUAAAAUUGUCUCCUCUUCGAAGGAUGACACUACCGUACAUGAUAAGCAAUUUGAGAUGGUUAAAUCCGAGAUCUCUUGUGAUAUUGGAUACUCAAGAGAAGUUGCAUUUGUUAGACGUAAGAGCGCAGGAUAAUUUGGAGACAUUAGACAUGAGUCGCGUUGGUAUUUCUUAUGCUUCUAGUCAUUUUAAGGGACUAUCUACUGGCGGAAAUGUUUCUAAGGCGAUGGCGUUAGCCGGUGAACGGGCAUGCUACAACACCGUUAUAGUUUUUGGUACGCAGCUGUUGUUAUUAGGAACAAAGAGUUUACAUGUGAUAUGUAUGAGAACGUGGACUGAAAGAUUGCAAUAUUUGAUCGUACAGAAACGUUUUCCCGAAGCGUUAGCGUUGGGUCUUUCUUUUUAUCAAGACAAAGGCAAGGCGGUUAUCGGUCUACGAGGUUCUAAGCAGCGUCGCAAGCAAAUAGCACGCGAUAAAGUUUGUGAAGUAUUGGUGCAGUAUAUGGACGAAUUAAACCAAUGUUUGAUAGACGAAAAUACAGGUUACGAUACGAUAGUGCUCACUUGCGUUGAUUACUGCAUUCAGCUGGAAAACUUAGAUUUGUUGUUCGGAAAUUUGUGGGAUAUAGUCUUUGAGUCGGAAGGGCUGAAAACUAGUUAUUUGCAUGCUCUCGAAGCUCCUCUGCUAGACGGAAGUCUUCAAUCGAGAUUGCCGCCAUUGAUUGCCCAGCAAUUAGUCACUCUUUAUGAUCAAGAAGAUAAAGUAGAUUCGCUGGAAGCGAUUGUAGUUUUGCUCAAUGUGGAUUGUCUAGAUAUUCAUCAAGUAACGACAAUUUGUCGUCAACGAGGACUUUGGGAAGCGCUAAUUUAUCUUCAGACAACAGCGUUGGGCGAUUUUACAGCACCCAUUCAUCAAUUGGUACCAGCACUUCAGAAUUUAUUACAGGAUCCAUUAGCCGCCCUUUCCCGAGACUGUAUAAAACUCGGUAACGCCAUUCUAGUUUAUACUAGCUGCUGUCUCGCUGGUCGUGGAUUUCCCAAGGAUGAGCUCCCUGAAGGCAUGCCACAAAAAGCGAAAGCAGACAUAUUGAGAGCCCUGUUAUCUCAGCAUUCCAGUUUGGCAAAUGAUAUGGAGAGGCAAUAUCCAUAUUUGAGAACAUUACUACAAUUCGAUGCGAAAGGCUUUCUUGAUGUUAUUGCCAUCGCCUUUCAGGAACCAGAAUUUACCUCCGAAAUGGGUCUCCGACAUCGACAAAGGCUCAUAGACAUCUUGUUAAGUAUUGUUAUGUCGAAUACGCCACUUACUCCGAAAAAUAUUGAUUACAUCACGCUGGAGCAACAAUUUAUGGUUCUUAUAUUCGUGGCAAACGAAGUGUGUGAAAGCACUAUUACGUUAGAGUAUAAUACGCUGAAUAAAAUGAUAGAUAUAUUAUGUAUUGACGUGCACAUGGAAUUGUCGAAGGAUUUUAGAACUGAGAGAGAAAACGCUGUGUUGGGAUUGUUGCAUUCUAAAAAGUUGUGCAAUAUUUCUGAUAAUACUUUGUUAAAUUUAGCAAAUAGAGCAAGCUUUAUAAGAGUCGUGGAAUUACUGUACAGUGCACGAGAAGAUUGGGUGGCAGUAUGCGAGUGCAUGAUCCUGGAGCCAUUAAGGCAUCACGAUGUGUGGCCUUGGCUAGAGCAUCUGCCGGCUGCUUCGUUAGAUCAAGUUAUAUCGGUUCACACUUCAACUCUUCUGACGAUUAAUGCCAAUCAGUUUGCUAUGAUUGUUGCAACACGAUUGCAGAACAAGAUUGAUGCAAUACUACAGAAUCUUACCGAUAAUUUAAGCUUAGAAUAUAAACUGUUUGGAGCGUUGUAUCAGAUCGUACAAUACAAAGAGGAGGAUGUUUCUUUGGAAUUAACAACUGAGCACUUGGAGAGAUAUUUAGCGUUAAUGUGCGAAUUGGAGCCGGCACGCGUAGUUGCUCACUUGCACGGACCACACGGGUGUAGGUUGGAUGAGGCGUUAAAGAUUGUCCAGAAAUGGAAUUGUAAAGAUGCAGAGGCGGUUAUGCUAGAGAAGCUUGGUAAUUAUCAGCAAGCAUUUGAUCUUUUGUUGAAAGAGUUUGAGAAUUGCCUGGAGAUGUACCAGCAAGAUAAAGCUUCGGAAAGCGAAAUGGUGCACACUGCCAUUCAACUCGCUGGGAUAUGUCGGAGAUCUGCGGGGAAUCUCGACUGGAUGCCCCUAGUGGAAGUUAUGUUUCGAUCACAUUCAGAGAAUAACAGGCAGAAGGUGGAUAUAUUGAACGGCAAAUUGUUGAGAUUAAUUCUAGAAUCUUUGAGUGGUACAUCGAUAUUGUCGAAUAUAUUGGAGCAGAUCCUGAGAAAUCCGUCAGCAACGAGUGGAACAAUGGGUGACAUACGGCAACUGCUAUCCGGAGUCCUCACUCAAUCGCGAUAUGAGCAAACCCUCGUCGAAACUACCGCUCGAUUAGUGAGUUUGGAGCUUCAUAAGGCUCUAGAAAUAUCCUUGAGGGAUGCUGGUAGAGCAUGCGGCAAUAUUUCUAUAACUUGCCCCUUAUGCAAACAACCAUUGUCGCAUUGCCCUGAUCACGUGGUAGUAUUUGGCUGUGGUCAUGGAUACCACUUAACAUGUCUGGGUGAGCCUAAGUCGUGUUACAAAUGCUUGAAUACAAAAGGAUGGGCGCCCAUCACUACCAACGUGGCGCACACUGUUGCGCAGCCGCCACUGAGAAAGAAACAACUUCUUCCGCCAGAAUUUUUACAUCACAAAGAUCUUGUAUUAAGACUAGCUCCAUCCUGUUCUAUUCCUGAUCUUGAGGGUAUCUUUUAAAUCUAGUCUUCGACUA